CCGGCCAUAUCUGAUCCCCUCUCUUCGUAGAAUCAAAAUGAGUCUCCGGAACCCACUGUCAACCCUUCCGUCCGAGAUCAACCACGACAUAUUCUUAAGGCUGGAAGGCAGGCAUCUGGUCACAGCCCAGUCUGUCAGCAAAGAGUGGUAUUCCUUCGUGCAAGACAUUAAAGCCUUCCACAUCGGGCAGCCCCGUCUUCUCAUCCUCUCGCGUGUAAAAGAUAUCCAUGAAGCAAAACGUCUGAAAGUGAGAUCAAUACGCCUUGAUCUUCGCACUGAAAACACAUCCCAGUUCACUGUUGAGCCUCAGGUCUGCGCCAUAACGGCCCACCGUUUUCGUAACAGUAUUGAUGCGGAUCGGGAUUUGUGUUCUUGUAAUGGGUUAGUGCUUCUUAUAUUUGAAAAACACAUUAUCUUGUGGAACCCUCUUGUAAGACGUUCCACCAAAGUUCUUGAGCUUCCACGGCUCCAUAUGCUUACAUGGAAGGAGCUUGGAGGGCUUUGUUACGGCCCAUCCUCUAAUGAGUACAAGGUUGUCUUAUUGCUUUCUUGUAAGUCUAGUACUAUCAGAAUUGGUGAUCAGUAUGUGAUUGUUUCGGGCCUGAAAAACAAAGGGUGGCGAAAACUGUCCUUCCCAUAUGAACACCAUACUACAAGAGCAGGUGUCAACUUCAACAAUACUCUCCAUUGGAUAGUGAGAGACAAAAUUAGGAGUCCUUCUCUCAGAACAGUUCAUGUCAAUAAGGUGCUUUAUUACGACCCGGUUGAUAACACUUUCAAACAAUUGCCCACCCCUACAAAAAAUAAUCUAGAAGAGGAAAACCACAUAUAUGGUACAGGAAUCAUAGAGGGAUGUUUCUGCAUUGGUCAAUGGUAUCAAGGGAGGAAUGUCAUUCAAGUGUCAGUUAUGAAAGAAUAUGGGAACCCAGAGUCUUGGGUCACAAUCUUUGCCAUCCCCAUUUUGGGAUUUGGGCGGCACUUUAAUAUAUACAACCUCACAUUUUUUUCCCUACAUAAAAGCAAGAACUUAACCAUUAUGUGUAAAGACAACGGGAGAUUAUAUGUUUAUGAUGGGGAAGAAGACAAACUAGAACAGAGGUUCUUCCAUAUACCAAAAGAUGAAGAUGAGAGCAGGGUUAGAAUGUGUUUCUAUGCUCAAAGUUUUGAAUUGCCAUAUGGAGUAAGCUGGAGGAAUCGUGAUCGGCGCCAAUGCAGGUUUUAAUUAACACGUUUUGGAAUAUUUGAUUUUAAUCCUUAUAUGAUUAAAAGAAUACAUUAAUCGUUGCUUAUAGCUAUAAGUGUUUGAAUAUCAAGAACUGCUACAUACUAAUUUCAGGAACCUAGCAUUUAUAUUUAAUUGAUGUGAUAUUAUAUUUGGAAUAUAUAUUAUUUUUCCCACUGCACAGAAGAGUGUUAUGAGGUGAUGGAACAGGGUAUGUUUACAGAAUUUGCCUCUAAUAUCUUUUAAUUUGACAAUAGUAUGUACUAUAUAGUACAUAGUAGUGAACAUGACUUACUGAGUUUUUUCCUUAAGGUACAUUUAAAACUUCAGAGCAAGUCAAAGGGAUCGUGUAUAUAUGUAUUGAUGUGUUUUUUCCAGGACAUCCGAGUCCAGGACAUGUGGCCUUGACGGAAUGUUGGUAUGGCUAAUGAUCCUCCUCUAUGUUGCAUGUAUGUUUGGGGUUCUAUUGGAUUCUCGUCCUUGCACAAGCUAAAGUUUAUUGUUGAGUAUAAUUUGCACACCAAGUCGUCUAUCACUCGUAUUAUAUAGGAAUAUUUUUGUUGACUUAUUCGUUCUUAUUAAAAGUUUUUAUACCUAGUAUUAUACUCCGUAUGACACAUGUAUAAUGUGUAGUACUUAUCUCCAGUUUGGGAUUGGUAUUACACGGUCACAUAUAAAAACUCAACUUUUAACCAUCACGUGUAAAGAGUACGGGAGAAUAUGUGUUUAUGAUGUGGAAGAAGGAAACGUAGAAGAGAUGUUCUCUGUACCAAAAGAUGAAUAUCAGAGCAUGGUUGGAAUGUGUUCAUAUGUUCAAACUUUUGAAUUGCCAUAUGGUCAUAUGGAGUAAGCAGGCUGCAGGAGGCCGGUAUGGUGAUCUGCACAAAUGCAGGUUUUAACACGUUUUGGAAUAUUUGGACCUUUUUAUCAUUAAAAGAAUAUAUUAAUUGUUGUUUCUAGCUAUAAAUGUAUUUGAAUAUCACAAGACUAACUGUGACAUCUUCCAUACUAAUUUAAAGAACCAAGCAUUAUUUUUGGCUUAGAUGUCUGUAGUGCUGGACUCGGGCCGGGCGGCCCGGCCCGGAACCGGCCCGGCCCGGAACCGGCCCGGCCCGGUUACUGUUUGGCCCGGCCCGGGGCCCGGUGGGUCCACCGGUUCGGUUCGGCCCGGCCCGGCUGCUGGGCGGUUCGGGCUCGGGCCUAGGUUUUGGUGAACCGGCCCGGCCGGUUCGGGCCCGGUCCGGGCCGGAUUUUAAUUUUUUUUUUUUGAAAUUUUUUUAAGUUUUAGGUUGGAUUAGGUAUUUUGGGCCAUUUGAGGUGGUUUGGGAUGGUUUGGGGUUGAGGGGGAAGGGUAGGGGAUUAAAUAGGAGAACAAAAAAAAAUUAAUUGGGCCGGUUCGGCCCGGCCCGGUUUGGCCCGGAACCGGGACCGGCCACCGGCGGUUCGGGCUCGGGCCUCCCUUUCCUGGCCCGAGGCCCGGCCGGGCCCGAACCGGCCCGAGUCCAGCCCUAGAUGUUUGUGAUGCAGUCCAUUUGAUGUUAUUUUAUACUCCUUACUUCUGAAUGUAUCGAUCAUAUUUUUUCCAAAGAAGAGGACUGUGAGGUGAUGAGAGAGGUUUUAUUAUCAUUUAAAUAGCAUGAAGUGAACAUAUCUUACUGAGGUUUAAGCUUAAGGUCCAUAUGAAACUUCAGAUCGAGCAAGUCAACAGGAUCUUGUAUGUAUUCAUCUGUUUUUUCCAGGCUGGUUCAUAUGAUGGGUCUAAAAUGCCCAAUUUUAUUUCUCUACUGAUAUUCCAAUAGCCCUUAAUGGCAAUAGUGCAUUGAUCAAUGGUUGACAUUCACUUCUUUUAUUAUUACUAUAGGAUGACAGAGGCCAUAAGUAUAUCAUAUUUCAGGGUGUGAUGAUCAAUUUGUUGUUAUAAAAUAAAAUGUGCAUAAUGUGGUGUGUGAUGCGUGGAAGUUUAACUUUGCAUGUGUGGAAAUGUGGAACUAAAAAUUAUUAACGAGAACACAUAUGGGUAUUACCAGUCGAUUCAGAAAUUUCAUUGAGAGAGGUGUUUCAAAAGUUUAAAACAAAAACCGUUCACUUAUUAACAAACAUGUUAUCUUUUGCUACAAUGUAUGCAUUUGAAACCAGAAAUUUUCAAUUUUUCCUAAAUGAAGAGAACACUGGUGUUGCGUUUCUCAUCAUGGAAACUUGGAAAGAUUAGACCUGUUUUUGAGUUUUUUUAUUAAUGAGCAAAUCUGUUCUACAUUAACUAGGUCGAUUGUCUUGGUUUUUAUGUUGAGUUUUUCAGAAACAUGGCGAAUAUGUGUUAGCAAAGAAUCCUCUAUGAUGCUGUGGGAAACAGUAAAUUUGCCUUUUUUAUGAUUGAUGAAGCAAAGUUUAAUCUCGAACCUUGGAUAUAUUAACUCUUUUAGAUUUCAGACUUGUAAUGUAUGUAAGCCAGAUCAAGGACAUGGAUGAAUACUUUGGAUUGGUUUAAUUUCUUUAUAUUUUAGUGAUCAGAUUUCAGAUGGAUUAGCUUCAUUUAUAUAGAAAAUAGUGAAAACUACGUAACAUGCUGUUAAAAGUACUUGCUUUCCCUUUCAUCAUAUUUGAACCAUCUCUUCAAGAGUUCAAGUAUAUAUUUUGU